AUGUCUUCCUCAAAAGAAUUGCCCCCCUCUACCACGCCAUUUUUUCCAAACCAAUUCAUCACGAACCAGUUCUAUUCAAAAGCUCAAUAUGUUUCCAGUGACACCGAUCUCUCAGGGAAAGUUGCAAUUGUGACAGGAGCCAACACGGGCCUCGGUCUAGAAUGUGCAAGACAACUUCUGUCCUACAAGCUAUCGCAGCUCAUCGUCGCAGUUCGCUCGCUGAGAAAAGGCGAAGAUGCAGCCGCUGACCUGAGAAAACAAUACCCCGAUGCUGAUAUUGAGGUCUGGCUACUUGAUAUGUCCUCCUAUGACUCGAUCCAAGCAUUUGCAUCGCAGGUCAAAGCAAAACUGCCUCGACUUGAUAUCGCCAUUUUGAAUGCCGGGUUAUCCAAUUCGACUUUCAGGUUCGCGAGUACCGGGCACGAGGAGACUAUGCAAGUGAACUAUCUCUCCACGAUGCUAUUGUCGAUCCUGCUCCUCCCGCUUCUAAAGAUCAAGUCACCCGCUGGUACACCGGGCCGGUUGACCAUUGUCACGAGCAUGCUAUCUCUGACCGCAAAGUUUGCGCAAAAAAGCGAGAUCCCGCUAUUGAAAGCAUUCGAUGACGAGAAGACCUUUGAUGGUGUUGACAUCUACCCUACAUCGAAGUAUCUGGGUCAGCUGUUUCUUUGGAAGCUUACGGACUUGGUAUCUGCCAAUGAUGUGGUGAUUAAUUAUGUGGAACCGGGAUUCGUCAAGGGCACAUCUCUGCAGCGUGAAGCGCCCGCACCUAUCAAAUUCUUGCUCUAUCUACUGAAGGUGACAACUGGUCGAAGCAUGAAGCUUGGAGCUACCACAUAUCUUGAUGCGGCUAUUACCAAGGGGAAGGAGUCACAUGGAUGCCUAUUGAUGAAUUGGGGGAUUGCACCAUAUCCUCCUUUGCUGUACACCGUCGAGGGGGAGAAUAUUAAGGAAAGACUCUGGCAGGAAACCCUGGAAGAGCUCAGUUUUGUGAAUGUUAAUGGGAUUUUAGAGUCUUUGGCAAAGUAA